AUGGAUGCCGAUGAUUCAGAUACAGUCAAGAUCCUGCCCUUGAGUCAAACCCAACAUGCCGCCAGAGGGGCAUGGAAUUCUUCGUCUGGCACUCACGAUAGCAAGGGUUCUAGUUCUAUGAAUCAAUCCAAGGUGUCAAUGUCUACCGCCCGUGCAAAGCCUAAAGCCGCAGCCCCAUCGAUGGAAACAAGAAGCCUUCUACGAACAGAAAGAUAUGAGAGCUACCGUCCCUCUGGAUACCUCGGAGAGCAGAAAUCUUCCACACCUCCUUGGUAUGGUGACGAUUUGAAUGACGGCAGAGUUGCUGUCGCUGAUUGUCAUCGAACUUCAUCGUCUCCGCGAAGUCGCGACGGCUUAGAUGGCGACUUAGGAACAAAGUCGCCUCCAAGAGGAGACAGAAACGACCGCUAUAAAGGUCCCGCGCGUAGCAAGCACGAGUUCAUCUCAAAAAGUUACGACACCGAGGCUAUGACAAUGCAAAAUCUUUCAAGUCUAGACGCCAGACAAAGACCGAGUCAAGUCUCCAUUCUUCAUGAACCAAGGCCUCCGAAGCAUCCUGAAAGAAGAAAGGUUCGGAAAGUCUACAAGUUGCACACGCCUGUCCAGCCGGAAAUCAGAGAUGAACGCGACAAUGCAAGGACAAAAAUCCCCCAGGAUGAGGUUACGCCGAUGGUUGUUAAUGGUUCCAAUGGGCUCCCGGAAGAGGUUGGGAAGGGAGGGUCCGCUUAUACCCAGGGAGACCAAGAUGUGUCAUUGAGCGUGACCUUACCUCAAGUGCCUCUAAUCAGUCAGGAUUGCGGACCAGAGCAUGAAGAGGAGAAUUCGAUGAAAUUCGUCGAGGAAGAGAGUCCGAUCCAGCCAUCACCAAGACUUAGCUUCCCCAAAGCUCACCGCAAGAUGAUUAACGAUCGGGCAUCGCGCUUCUCAACCGAGGAAAGCGCGUCAAACUCGUCAACUUGUGGUUCUAGGAAUAAGAACCUGUGCAGAGCCUGUCGCAAGCCUGGAAGCAGCGUGAUACCUCUUGUCCAAUGCAAAGCAUGCCAUAAAGGCUAUCAUAACUGCUGCGGAAACCCCGAACCGCGACAAAGGUAA